AUGUCCCUCUUCGGUCAAACACCUUUUCAACCUUCGGGUGGAAAUUCCCUCUUUGGUAACCCCAGCACGGACUCGAAACCCAACCCUUUCGGCGCCACUGCUCAACAAGGAUCCGGCGGCGGUUUGUUUGGCAACGCAGGAACUGGCGCUGCUACGACAGGGACCGGCGGUGGUCUCUUUGGACAAAACACAGCAGCCGGUACCCAGCAACAAUCGAAUACGGGCGGCUUGUUCGGCGCCACGAACACCAACGCGCAGUCAUCGAUCACAGGCGGCGGCCUCUUUGGCAACACAAAUGCAACCCAGCAAAAACCUGCGUUCGGCGCAUUGCCCCAACAAACGCAGACGCAGCCCGCGUCGGGAUUAGGAGGUGGAGGUCUGUUCGGAGGAUUGGGUCAGAAGCCUCAGGGCACCGGUCUCUUUGGCCAGCAGGCGCAACCGCAGCAGCAGCAACAGCAGUCAGGGUUGUUCGGUGGCUCUCUGCUGGGUCAACAACAGCAACAGGUACCAGGAAUGCCGGCAGGACAGAUGGGGUCAACGUUGCAAUUCGGACAGUCCAAUGCACAGCAGCAAUCGCAAUUGGGAUCGAGUCUUUGGGAGCCCGGACGGGCCGUUACGGGAGUCCACCGCACCGUUCCCAUGCAGAUUCAAAUUGUCAAGGACAAAUGGGACCCCAACAACCGCGCGUCCCCGUUCCGCACCUACCUGUACAACAACGUCGGCGAAGACGCGGCGCCCUUCUACCAGCCGGGACAUGGAGAUGACGAGGCAAAAUGGGAGGAUGCGCUCCGCAAGCGACCCGAACCGGGCUAUGUACCGGUCCUGGUGCAGGGAUUCUUUGAUCUCGGCAAGCGCGCGCAGCGCCAGAAGGACUUCCUCACCAUGCUGCAGACCCGGAUGCACGAGAUCAACAACUGCCUUACCGAGCUCCUGUCGCGACAUGACUUGAAGAUCAGCGUGCGCAUCGCCGACUGUCGGCGGAAACACCUCGUUCUCAGCAAGCGGUGCCUGACGCUGGCGGCCAAGACCCAGGUGCUGCGCAACCGCGGCUACGCGAUGGACGAUGCCGAGGAGGAGCUGCGGAAAAAGCUGACGCAACUGGAGCGGUCGGUCUUCGACCCGUCGAUAAACGGCCGCGGGGAGGAGAUCUGGGCGCGCAUGCUGGCCAUCCGGGAGCAUUCGCGGCGGUUGCAGCAGGAGAUGGAGCGGGCGGGACCCAAGGCCACAGCCCAGGCGGAGGAUGAGUUGGAUGAGCAGACAUUGAAGACGGCGAAGAAGAUAUUGGACGAUUACCACGUGCAGAUCCAGCACCUACAGAAGGAGCUGGAGUCGGUGAAGAAGGAUUUCGAAGAGUCGCAGAAGCUCCCCGGCGGCGGGGCUCAUUUAAUGUAG